CCUUUCAGUUUUCAAAAGUUGGUUAUCUUUUUCCUCCUCUGCUAUUCUCCCAAACCAAAUAAUUCACUGCAAAAUCGAAUGGAAUGGAUCCACUCAAGCCGCGACCGGAAGAAACUGAAAUCAGUCCAGAAGCCACGGAAUCCAUCACCCUUUCCGUCCCACCGGAAGUCGUAUGUACCGACCGUCCCGUAAAUGGCGACAAAAACGAAGUCGAAACUCAUGUUGUCGAAGGGAAGAGCAACAUUUUGGUUUCCUUGCGGGAAAGUCUAGUCGGAGCCAAAAAAGUUGUUCAGGAAAGAUGGCUAAAAUGUUUCUCGAGUGGCCGCUCGGAUAGAACAAGAGCAUACCAAGUUUGGCAGGGAAACAAUGUGUUUUUUUGUAGAGGAAGACUCAUAUGCGGCCCGGAUCCAAGAGGAUUGCUCUUGACUGCCGUUUCCAUUAGUCUGUCAAGUUGGAUUUUCACAGUUUAUAUAGCACGCGAUUUCCCGAAUCGACCCAGUCUCAUAAUCGCAUUUUCCGUUACUUUAACCCUAAUGGUUAUUGUCAACUUGAUAGCAGUUAGUGCGAUCGAUCCGGGCAUUAUUCCAAGGAACAAUCAAUCAGAUGUUGAAGAAAUUGGCACCGGUGAUAGAACAAGGAGAAAGAGGGUAACUGUCAAUGGGAUGGUUGUAAAAUUGAAGUACUGUCGGACUUGUAAGAUUUAUCGACCACCGAGAAGUUGCCACUGCGCCACAUGCGACAACUGUGUCGAGAAAUUCGAUCACCAUUGCCCCUGGAUUGGUCAAUGCAUUGGAUUGAGGAAUUAUCGGUUUUACUUGACAUUUUUAGUCGCGGCCUUGGUAUUCUUCACCUUCAAUUUCGCCUUCUGCUUUUGGCGAAUCCACCAAAGACUGUUCGUAGCAAACACCGGAUUACUCGGCUUGCUAAGGAACUGCCCCGAAACAGUGGCAUUAGCAUCAUUCAGUUUUGUUGCUAUCGGACUCCUCGGUUGCCUUGCUUCUUACCAGGUGUACCUGAUUGCAAUAAACCAGACAUUUUAUGAGAAUUUCCGGCAACGCUACGCGGGCUCUCGAAACCCCUACGACAAAGGCAUUUUGAGGAACAUUAAGGAGGCCCUACUUGUUCAAUUGCCGCCUUCUAGAGUCAAUUUCUGCGCAGAAGUGACACCGAGGGAGUGGUUUGUACGCAGCAAUAGUAAUGUGGGUUGAAUUUUUUAUUUUUGCUAAGAGUACUGUGGGUGAUCUAAAUGUGUUCAUGAGUUUUG